UUUGGGUGGACGGGUAGAUGUGCAGAUGAGAAAGCUGAUGGAAUGAGCCAGUGAUUGGGUGAGUGGGAGGCUAGAUUUGAAACUCCAUCUCUAAACUCUCUUCCACUUACACAUUCUCUGAGUCUUCCCAGAAUUCAAAGCACACCUCCCUCCACCCCCAUAGCAUCCCUUCCCCAAAACACGUACUUAAGAGAAGUCAUCCAUUUUCAUCUAAGAAAUUGUGUAGGGCACAAGUCUAACGGCCCUGGACUAGUUUGGAAGUCCACUAGCUUCCUGGGUUAUCUGGUUUAUUUCACAAUUGGCAGAAUGCUGAGGUUCUUUCUAGACUGAGCCCUCUGCCAUCCCCACAAGCCUGUGGACUUGCAAUGCCCGGAACUGCCAGGGGCUCAGCUAGCUCCCAGCUCUCUAAAGUCCUACAAACACCCACUUCUCAGCAAGAGGGCAGAGGGAGCUCAAAGCCUUCACUCAGAACCACAGCCAGAAGCAACCCCUGGCUCCCCAGCCGCAGCUGUGCCCUCAGGCAGCUCACUCACCUCCAGGAAGCCUUCCAUACCGCUCACGGUCCCGCAGUUCUGGGUGGGGUUCUCCCUUCCCGCGCUCUGUGGACGUGUGCACAAGUUGCUGGGUGGGGCUGCACCCACUGGCAGCCCUCAGGCUGUAAGGCGGGAGGGGCCCACACCCCAGUGAGGGGGCAGGGACUGGCAGGGCAGCUUCUGGCUCUGGCAUCUCCAGCCUGUUGGCCAAGAGACCGUUCUGCAGAGGAAACGUGGCCAUCCCGCAGCAAAACCCUGAGCAGACAGCAACCCCACGCAGCCAGGCUGGCAACCUCUGUCUCUCAGCAUGCUCUCCCUUUCCCCAUUAUCACAUAGGCACCCUACAAAACUAGUGCCUCCAUAGAUGUCCCCCAAGGAGACACCUUGCACCCCAUAGCUAUACCUCACCCCCAGAAAGCCAGCCCACAGGAUGCACUCCCAUUGGGUCUACAAUAGCCCCUGCUCUCACACCUGGCAACACCCCAGGAAACCCCCUCCCCAGCCUCAGGAACCUGAUCACAAAAGAACCCCAGAACCAGCCUGGCAGGAAGUUUGGGGGCAGGGAAAACUGCAGCUCCAUCAGGAGCCUUCUGAGGGCGGGGUGCUUGGGGACAUGCAUGCAGUGAUCAUUUUGCCGUCACACCAAUAAAACCAUUGCUGGGCUCUGAAGGGAGCUCCCUCUUCCACCUGCCCCUCCCCAAGCCCCGGCUGGCCCUCUCUCUUGGGCCCUGCCCAGCCCUAGGGCUCCCCCUUCCUAACACUGAAGGCUGGAGCCCACCAGGCUCAGGCCCCUCUACUGGCUGCUCCCUUGGGUGAACGUGGUGGUCCCAGGAAGCAGCUGCGAGCCCCAGCCCACUCUGGGACAGACCCCAGAGCCACACACUGGGAUUCCACUACCCAGGGCCAGCUGGCAGGUCCAGCCUCCCCUCGGCCCACGGUGGCUCAUUUAGCGCGUGGGCCUCCAGCCCACAGGUGCCCGCAGCCCCAACGUGACAGGCCCAUAUGGCAACUCAGCGCGAAGCAGACAGAGGCGCCCCUGCCUCGACACACACCCGCUGGGACAUCAUCGUAUCCAAGGGCCGGGGCUGGGCCAGGAGGGACUCCUGGGGCCGCUCCUCUCCCGCGAUGGCAGGCAGGGGCAACCCAAGCCAGCAGGAGCCGGUGGGCCUGGAGGGCUCAGCCACCCUGCAGGGCCACCUGUCCCGGUGUUGGGAGUUGUCCUCCCCACCCCUUCCUGCUUUGAUGGGUCUGGGCUCUCUAGCAGGUUGAACAGGAGGGUGUCACGGUGAAGGGGAGCUCCCACUUCAACCCAGACCCUGAUGCGGAGACCCUCUACAAUGCCAUGAAAGGCAUAGGUGAGUGGGCAUCCACGGCCGGGGGCUGCCAGGAAGGGCAGGGUCUCCCCACUGCACCCUGAGACUGAUCCCAGCCCUGAAAGAGUCACACGGGCCCCAGCGUCCCCAGCAGUGGUCUGCACACAGCACCCCCCAUGACCCCCAAGACCAGAGAGGGGGAGGACGGUUGUGACUUCCUGGAUGUGGAGGUCCCAUCUGCUGUGUCCUUGUACGUGUGACAUUUGACUCUCUGGCUCAGAUGUCUCACCCUGAAAUGGCCCCAAGAACGCAGCACCAAAGUGCAGCGGUGAAGUUUGGAUGGGCUGACGCCUGUCAGUGCCUGGCCCAGCACCUGGCACACCAGAGAUGGGGGGUCUGUAGGGGUGGGCUGGGGCCUGGGAACACCCAGCCAUGCAGGCUCCCUCCUGCCCCUUGCUGGCUACCUGUGCAGUGGCCCCCCUCGACUCUCCAGCAUCCGUCCGGUGCUCCCCUGGCUUUUCUCUGUUCCAGCAAGAAGCUGGCUGGUAGGAGGACUGGGGGAGUCUGGCCCAGAAAGCCCCCAAGGGUCCCACAGCAAGUGGUGCUUCCACCAGGCAGGGUGGGCCCCUGGCUGACUCUGCAUGGUACAUGGGGCCAUGAGCGAGAACCACCCUACAAGGCGUUUCAUGCCCUCUGCUUCCUGGGAAAACUUUACUGUCAUGUCCAUUUCACAGAUGAGAAAACUGAGGCUCAGGGAGCUGACACUUCUUGCCUAAGGCCACACAGGCAGGGAGUGGCAGGGCUGAGGCGCGACCUUCUCCCACCGGGCCCUGCAGCCACCAACUAGGAAGGCCAGGCCAGGAGCCCCCAUUUGUCCAGCCUAGAGGCCCAGGGAUGGGUGGCAUGUGCAGAAAACCCCGUGUUUCUCAGGUUCUGUCACCCCAAGGCUGGGCCUGGCCGCACCCCAACAUCGCACAGUGGGAGGUGGGGAUGGAGAGAGACAGCGGGUCUGUCCAAGUGUCUUGUCUGCACCAUGAAAGUCAUCAGCGUUUGGAGCGAUCCAGGAGGCGUUUCCACACUGCCUGGCCAUUAGGCAGCCACCCUUCCUCCCUGCAGUCAUCAGCCCUUCUCAGUGCAGGGGCUUGGGGUUCGUGCCGGACACCCCCACAGGCACCAACGAGCAGGCCAUCAUUGACGUCCUCACCAAGAGAAGCAACGCGCAGCGGCAGCAGAUCGCUAAGUCCUUCAAGGCUCAGUUCGGCAAGGACCUCACCGAGAACUUGAAGUCAGAGCUGAGUGGCAAUUUCGAGAGACUCAUGGUGGCCCUCAUGUACCCGCCAUACAGAUACGAAGCCAAGGAAAUGCAUGAUGCCAUGGAAGGCUUAGGAACCAAAGAGGGCGUCAUCAUUGAAAUCCUGGCCUCUCGGACCAAGAGCCAGCUUCAGGAGAUAAUGAAGGCGUAUGAGGAGGACUUUGGGUCCACACUAGAGGAAGACAUCCAAGCAGACACGAGAGGCUACCUGGAGAGGAUCCUGGUGUGCCUCCUGCAGGGCAGCCGGGAUGACAUCAGCGGCUUUGUGGACCCAGCCCUGGCCCUCCAAGAUGCCCAGGAUCUGUACGCGGCCGGGGAGAAGAUCCGUGGAACCGACGAGAUGAAAUUCAUCACCAUCCUGACCACGCGGAGUGCCACCCACCUGAUGCGGGUGUUCGAGGAAUACGAGAAAAUCGCCAACAAGAGCAUCGAGGACAGUAUCAGGAGCGAGACCCACGGCUCGCUGGAGGAGGCCAUGCUGACUGUCGUGAAAUGCACGCGGAACCUGCACAGCUACUUCGCGGAGCGGCUCUACUAUGCCUUGAAGGGUGCAGGGACGCGGGACAGAACGCUGAUAAGAAACAUCGUUUCAAGGAGCGAGAUUGACUUAAAUCUUAUCAAGAGUCAGUUCAAGAAGACGUAUGGGAAGACCCUCAGCAGCAUGAUCGCGGAUCACCUUCCUGAAACCAAGAGUUGGGACUUGAACAAAUAUUUUGGGGAACACAAUUCAUCAACCAGGUAUGGUUUCUAUUCCCCUCCUGAUUUGUCAUCUAACUCCCAGUAUCUCGGGGUUGGAGGGGGCUUGAAAGGUCAUCUGAUCCCAUUCCAACCCAAGGCUUGGUGCCCUCCAUAGCAUCCCACUCAGUGGUGAUCUGGCCCAAGCAGGCUCCCUCCAGGGAUGGGAGCUCACCACCUCCUUGGGCAGCUCAUUCUUUUUCCAACAGGUGUGAUCAACAGGUGUGACUGAGCCAAACUCUGUGCCAUCAUGCCCACUGCUCUGGACCCCACCACCCAGAGCCAUAAGUGUUACUCUUCCCAGGAAUAGCGUUUAGGAUCGUCCGCAGGCAGCCCACGGAGUCCACCAAAGCUAAG